AGCUAUUUGCCAGCCAGCUCCGACUACAGCCAGCCAGCCGCUCACCGUCCUGCUGCUGCGCGGAGUCCCGUCUUCUCCCUCCGAGCACCGGCGUCGUUUUCUAUCCGGAAAGGAUCUUAAAGGGGACCGGCUUGCGAGUUCGGUGGCGUCUCUUAUUUUGGGGGGGAAACUUUAAAUAUAUAUUUUUUCUUUUUUGCCCUUCAAGACAUACGGAGAAAAUGGCCAGACCUCUUCCUAUAAACCCAACUUUCCUGCCGCCGACUCACGGCGUACUGAAAUCCCUUCUGGAAAACCCGCUGAAGCUGCCUUUCCAUCACGAUGAAGGAUUUGAGAAAAACAAGGAGCAGGAGAAGAAGCUGGACGAUGAGAGCAGCGCGGCCAACCACCCACAGUCGGCUUUCCUGGGGCCGACCCUGUGGGACAAGACCCUGCCCUACGAUGGGGACAACUUUCAGCUGGAGUACAUGGACCUGGAGGAGUUCCUGUCGGAGAACGGCAUCCCUGCCAACACAGCCCAGGGCGAGCAGGCCCCGCAGGCAGCACAGGCGGCGCAGGCCCCUCAGCCCGCCACGCCUGCCACGCCCUCACCCACCGUGGUCGACCUAAGCAGCCGCGCCACCACCUCGGUCCACACGGGCAUGGCGCCCCAGACCUGCCUCCGCAGCCCCAGCACAGCAGCUCUGCCCUCAUCCCGGGACACCCCCAGCCCCAUCGACCCAGAGUCCAUCCAAGUGCCGCUGGCCUACGAGCCUGACCCGGCAGACCUGGCUCUGUCCAGCGUGCCUGGACAGGAAAUGUUCGACCCCAGGAAACGCAAGUUCUCUGCAGAGGAGCUGAAGCCGCAGCCCAUGAUCAAGAAAGCCCGCAAGGUCUUCAUCCCCGAGGACCUGAAGGACGACCGGUACUGGGCCCGGCGCAGAAAGAACAACGUGGCGGCCAAGAGGUCACGGGACGCCCGGCGGCUGAAGGAGAACCAGAUCGCCAUCCGGGCCAGCUUCCUGGAGAAGGAGAACGCCGCUCUGCGCGUUGAGGUAGCGGAGAUAAGAAAGGAGCUGGGCCGCUGCAAGAACAUUGUGGCUAAAUAUGAGGCCCGACACGGGCCCCUGUGAGCCCCCAAACCACCACCACCACCACCCAGCCACCACCCACUCCCACUCUGCUCCCGACCCUCCUGCCCUCGAGUUUGAAGGACAAUGUGUCUCUUUUGGUGGCACUGCCCCUCCUCCUCCUCCUCCUCCUCCUCCUCCUCCUCAACACACCUGUAUGAUUCUGGUAUUAUAACUGUCAUUUUUGACUUCUAUCAUAAGCUUCGAUUCGUCUGCUCCUCCUUUUAAUUUUCUGUACACAAAUCGUUCGACUAAAUAUAGAAACAUACAUGUAUCUUUACACACGCAUACUUCCCACUUUUAAUGUGCUGUGAGGAGUUAUGAGCCAACCCACCAGCUGAGCCCCUCUCCCCUCCCUCCCUUACACUUUUGAGAAACGAUGCCAUGCUGUUUGUUGUUCACUUUCAUACCAAUUUUAUACGUGAGAUCAGGACUAAAACUGUUCCCCCUCUUCUUCUAUUCUUCUGUGUUAUAACGUGACGUGUCCGAGAGCCUGCUUACACAAAUCUCCUUUUUAAUGUUUUUUCUGUCAUUAGCAGCUUGUUUUUCACCCUUUUUUGAGCUCUUUUCUUGAUGUUGUAUUUUUUUAGUUCAGCACUCUAACAAAUAACACUUUUUUAAAAAGUAUUUUUUUCUGUGCAAUCGUGGCGUAGAGUUUUUUUCUUCUUCUUCAUGAACCGGACACUGAGCAAUAAUUCCUGUCCACAACUAAACUGACAUCUCCUCCUCCUCCUCCUCCUUCUCCUCUCUGCUCCUCCGUCUCUAUCUGAUACUUUAUAUAACCUCUGCACUAAUGCGUGUCUCACAAUCUGAUCCGGUGCAAUGUUUCCACUCGCUCAAAAAGAAAUCUCCUCCACCUCAUAUUUAUCUACCUUUUAUUUCUCAGAUGGAAGAUUGUUGUUUUUUUAUAUAUAAAUAUAUAUAUAUAUAUAUAUACAUAUAUAUAUGUAUUCUGUUGAUAUAAUUGUUAGUAUUAAUACUACUCUUGACAUUGUUGUUUAGCUCCUCCUUUGUUUUCAGAUUUAAGCAUGAUUUUUUUUCUUUCACAGAACGAAAAGCUAUUUGCAAAAACCUUUCUCUUUUUUUGUUUUUUUUUGCAAAGUUGUUGAUAAUUAUUAUUUUUUGCUUCUGUUUAACUUAGCAUGAUUAAUUAAUAUGAGUGUUUUUAUUUUAGAAAUCAAUACAGAUGUCUGUAGUCUCUCAUUGUAGCUCCAUGUAUGCCCUCUUUUUUUUUUUUUUAAAGAUGGCUGUAUGAAUGUAAAAGAUGUUGACACACAAACAGAAAAAAAGAGAGUUGGAUGGUGUUGUCCGAUACUGUGGUUAACCCGAUCAAUUUGUUUACUGCAGACCAAACGAUUCACAACAGAGAUGAUAUAUUGGUUACAAGAGAUAUGUUUAUAUAUAAACCUAUUCUAUAAGUUG